AUGAGUGGAUGGCCCAGUUACCUGCUGGGGUGGAUGGCCUUCCUCCUCUACUCCUAUGAAUCAACCGGAAAUAAGAAAGAUUCAUGCAUCUUUCCCUUCACCUACAAGGGUUCUACUUACUUCUCCUGCACCAGAGCCAACAGCUUAUCCCCUUGGUGUGCGACCAGAGCCGUUUACGACGGACGGUGGAGACACUGCUUGACGGAAGAUUACCCACGCUGUGUCUUUCCCUUCAUCUACCGGGGAAAGCCCCAUAAUGGCUGCAUCACGGAUGGCAGUUUAUUCGGAAGGCAGUGGUGCUCAGUGACUUCCAGCUUUGAUGAGAAGCAGCAGUGGAAAUACUGCGAAACCAACGAGUACGGGGGAAACUCUUUCAGCAAGCCCUGCAUCUUCCCUGCCACCUACAGAAAUAAUGUGAUCUCUGAAUGCCUUGAGGAUGAAAACAACAAGCUCUGGUGUCCAACCACGGAGAACAUGGAUAAGGACGGGAAGUGGAGUCUUUGCGCAGACACCAGAAUUUCCUCAUUGGUUCCUGGCUUCCCUUGCCACUUCCCGUUCAACUACAAAAACAAGAAUUAUUUUAACUGCACCAAUAAAGGAUCAAAGGAGAACCUUUUAUGGUGCGCAACCUCUUACAAUUAUGACCGGGACCGUACUUGGGUGUACUGCUGAGGCAAAGGGAAGGAGACACGUCUCCAGUGGAAGGUUGACAUAUUAAGUCUGGAACCUGCUUCACCUUUUUCAUCGAAUCUUUCAAGCUUAGAUAAUCGCCUUUAGAAAGAACCUGUUCACCGUCUUGCUUCAUCACUUGGUCCUUUGUGAAGAACAGAGGGAAAAUGUGGUCUAACCACCAAAAGGGAGCCCCACAUUAACUCUGGGGCUGGCUUUUCCACUUCCUAGAAUGGCAGAUACGGUGAGGGAUCCAAAAGGGUGAGGAAGGAAACACUGGUGAGUCAUAUGGUGCAAAGAUCAGAUUCUCAGCCCAGGGACUCUAGGAAAUGAUUGCAGCCUGCUGUCUCUUUCUGGGAAGUUACUGACUUGGGUGGAACAUUUGUAGGUACUUAUUAAAUCAUUAAUAAAUAAAUUAGUACAUCAAUGGAGGG